AAUGAAACUAGCUUGCACUCAAGCAAAAUGGAGUGGGGAGUGGGGACUCAAAAAGAUCAAUAAUAAUUUGGAGUGUUGUUGCGUAAAAAUAGUUGAAUGAGAAAGAGAAAGAGUGUUCUUGUCCAACAAAAAGCUAGCAAUCAAUUGAGUUUGGCUUUGCGCUAAAGUCAAGGAACAUCCAUAUCAGAAAUCCAUAUACUACUUGCCUCUGUUUUCCUCAUUGCUACCUCACUUUCCUUUCAUCUCUCACCUUCACUCCAUGGAGCUCAAUAGGCUCCCCUUGAUAACCAUAUACUUAAUAUUCGCCGUAAUAUGCUUGGCGAUGCAAGCCCUCGCCAUUUUCAUACCAUACAACACCUCCUCGGCCAUCUCGCCCGCCAAAAUCAACGUUCACUUGGUGCCUCACUCACACGACGACGUUGGGUGGCUCAAGACCGUCGAUCAGUACUACUCCGGCGCCAACAAUUCUAUUCGGGGUGCCUGCGUCCAGAACGUGUUGGAUUCUGUAAUCUCCGCUUUAUUGGAUGACAAGAAUCGAAAGUUCAUCUAUGUUGAGAUGGCAUUUUUCCAGAGAUGGUGGAGACAGCAAAGUGACACCCUCAAGGCUAAAGUCAAACAGCUGGUUGACUCUGGUCAACUUGAGUUCAUAAAUGGGGGAAUGUGUAUGCAUGAUGAGGCAACCCCACAUUACAUUGAUUUGAUUGAUCAGACAACUUUGGGACACAGUUUUAUUCUUGAUGAGUUUGGCAAGAAACCAAGAGUUGGGUGGCAGAUUGAUCCUUUUGGGCAUUCUGCUGUUCAGGCUUAUUUGCUAGGUGCAGAGUUGGGGUUUGACUCUCUCUUUUUCGCUCGAAUUGAUUACCAAGAUAGAGCUAAGCGGAGAAAUGAUAAAACUCUUGAGGUUAUAUGGAGGGGCUCAAGGUCCCUUAGUGCAUCUUCUCAGAUAUUCACAGGGAUAUUCCCCAUUCAUUACGAGCCUCCAGAUGGAUUUUCUUUUGAAAUAAAUGAUAUAUCUCCUCCCAUUCAGGACGAUGAUAUCCUGUUCGAUUAUAACGUGCAACAGCGAGUGGAGGAUUUUGUCGCAGCUUCUGUAGCACAGGCAAAUCUAACCCGGACAAAUCAUUUAAUGUGGACUAUGGGAACUGAUUUCCGUUACCAAUAUGCAGUUUCAUGGUUCAGACAAAUGGACAAGUUCAUUCAUUACGUCAAUCUGGAUGGCCGUGUCAAUGCUCUUUAUUCGACACCAUCCAUAUACACGGAUGCGAAACAUGCAGCGCAUGAGAAAUGGCCUCUGAAAACUGGCGACUUUUUCCCGUAUGCAGAUCGGGAGAAUGCAUACUGGACGGGCUACUUUACCAGUAGGCCAACAUUUAAAGGAUAUGUGAGGAUGCUGAGUGGCUACUAUUUAGCUGCAAGACAAUUGGAGUUCUUAAAAGGCAGGUCUGAUUCUGGACCAAAUACGGAUGCAUUAGCUGAUGCCCUGGCUAUAGCUCAACAUCAUGAUGCUGUUAGUGGGACAGAAAGGCAACAUGUUGCUGCUGAUUAUGCUUUGCGACUUUCAAUAGGAUAUAAUGAGGCCGAGAAAGUUGUUGCAUCAUCAUUGGCUAUGUUAACAAGCACAGCCUCAAAAUCUAGUUACACGGAUCCAUUCCCUGAAUUUCAGCAGUGUCCUUUACUGAACAUAAGCUAUUGUCCUCCAUCAGAAGCUAAUUUUACUGAUGAGAAAAGCUUGGUGGUUGUAGCAUACAAUCCUUUAGGAUGGAAAAGAGAAGAGGUCGUCCGCAUUCCUGUUUCUUCUGAAAAUCUGGUGGUUCUGGAUUCUUCUGGAAGGAAGAUUGAGUCACAGCUUCUUCCUCUUUCAAACAUCUCUUUUCCUACCAUAGACUAUCACUUGAAGGCAUAUUUAGGUGUAUCCGCCAGUAGCUCUGCAAGAUAUUGGCUUGCAUUUUCAGCAUCUGUUCCACCCCUUGGUUUCAGCACUUACUUUGUCUCAACUGCAAAACUGGAAGAGCAUAGGUCCGUCAUUUCCAGUGUUUAUACACCAGAAGAAGAUACCAGUAAAACGUUUGAAGUUGGUCAAGGAAACCUAAAGCUAAUUUAUUCAGCAAAUAAAGGAAAGCUCUCACGUUACACAAACAGCAGAAACUCAGUCACUGCAGCAGCCAAGCAAUCAUAUAGUUACUACACUGGUUAUAAUGGUACAGAUAGAGUUUUCCAGGCAUCUGGAGCUUAUGUUUUCCGCCCAAAUGGUACAUUCCCGGUAAAACCUGAAGCCCAGGUUCCUUUCUCUGUCAUGCGAGGUCCAUUACUGGAUGAAGUACACCAGCAGCUCAACAUAUGGUUAUAUCAGGUCACCAGGGUUUACAAGGCAAAGGAAUAUGCCGAAGUCGAGUUUACUAUUGGACCUAUACCUGUGGGUGAUGGAUUUGGAAAGGAGAUAAUAACUCAAAUAAGUACAGGCCUGAAUACGAAUAAGACUUUUUACACAGACUCUAAUGGGCGUGACUUCAUCAAAAGGAUUCGAGAUUAUAGAGAUGAUUGGAACCUGGAGGUACACCAACCAGUUGCGGGCAAUUAUUACCCUAUUAAUCUCGGAAUUUAUCUGGAGGGUGAAACUGUGGAGGUUUCUGUGUUGGUUGACCGGGCAGUUGGUGGGGCGAGCUUGUUGGAUGGUCAAAUAGAGCUUAUGCUUCAUAGGCGGCUGAUCAAUGAUGACUCUAGAGGUGUUGGUGAGGCAUUAAAUGAAGAAGUUUGUGUUCUUGACAGUUGCAAGGGAUUGACGGUUCAAGGGAAGUAUUAUCUCAGAAUUGAUCCGCGAGGGGAAGGAGCAAGGUGGCGUCGGGAAUUUGGACAAGAGAUUUAUUCUCCGCUUCUUCUUGCAUUUUCAGAAGAGGACAGAAAUAGUUGGAUGAGUUCCCACAAAACUACAUUUUCAGCUAUUGAUCAAUCCUAUAGUUUACCAAAAAACAUAGCAGUAAUUACCCUUCAGGAACUUCAAAGUGGCAGGAUUCUUCUUCGCCUGGCUCACCUAUAUGAGAGUGGAGAGGAUGAAGACUACUCAGUGCUGAGUAGUGUAGAACUGAAGAAGCUCUUCCCUGACAAGAAGAUGAAGGUGAGGGAGAUGAGUCUGUCGGCCAACCAAGAAAGGGCAGAGAUGGAGAAGAAGAGGUUAGAGUGGAAGGUGGAGGAAGCAGGCGAAGAACCCAAACGAGUAGUUCGAGGAGGAGCUGUUGAUCCAGCCAAGCUUCUAAUUGAACUUGCUCCUAUGGAGAUUAGGACAUUCAUUAUCGACUUAGACUACCGUAAAGUUUUUUAUUCUUGAAUUGUCCAAUCGUGACGUAUAUGUAUGCAACAAGUAGCAUGCUGUAAUUUUUUAGUUAAGCAUUCCAACUAUUCCCAUUUUCGCAGAGAAACCGGCCAAGCACAAGCUGUGUGUGUUGUCUUUACUAUUCCUUUCAUUUCAUCUUUGGUUGGCAGAGUAUUACUAUUAUAAUAAUAAAAAAAGGUAGAAC